AUGGCCGCCUCGGCGCCGCCCCCACCGGACAAGCUGGAGGGAGGUGGCGGCCCCGCACCGCCCCCUGCGCCGCCCAGCACCGGGAGGAAGCAGGGCAAGGCCGGUCUGCAAAUGAAGAGCCCAGAAAAGAAGCGAAGGAAGUCAAAUACUCAGGGCCCUGCAUACUCACAUCUGACGGAGUUUGCGCCACCCCCGACUCCUAUGGUGGAUCAUCUCGUUGCAUCUAACCCUUUUGAGGAUGACUUUGGAGCUCCUAAGGUGGGGGCUGCAGCCCCUCCUUUCCUUGGCAGUCCUGUUCCUUUUGGAGGUUUCCGUGUACAGGGGAGCAUGGCUGGCCAGGUACCCCCAGGCUAUGGCACUGGAGGUGGAGGGGGUCCCCAGCCUCUUCGUCGACAGCCCCCUCCUUUCCCUCCCAACCCUAUGGGCCCCACUUUCAACAUGCACCCCCAGGGCCCUGGCUAUCCACCUCCAGGCAAUAUGAACUUUCCAAGCCAACCCUUCAGUCAACCUCUGGGUCAAAACUUUAGCCCUCCUAGUGGGCAGAUGAUGACAGGCCCAGUGGGAGGAUUUGGCCCUAUGAUUUCACCCACCAUGGGACAACCUCCCAGAGGGGACCUGGGUCCUUCUUCUCUCCCCCAGCGCUUUGCCCAGCCAGGAGCACCUUUUGGUCCGUCUCCUCUCCAGAGACCUGGUCAGGGGCUCCCCAGCCUGCCUCCUAACACAAGUCCUUUCCCUGGCCCAGACCCUGGCUUUCCUGGCCCUGGUGGUGAGGAUGGGGGAAAGCCUUUGAAUCCACCUGCUCCCACUGCUUUUCCCCAGGAGCCCCAUUCAGGUUCCCCAGCUGCUGCUGUUAAUGGAAAUCAACCCAGUUUUCCCCCAAACAGCAGUGGGCGGGGUGGGGGCACUCCAGAUGCUAACAGCCUGGCACCCCCUGGCAAGGCAGGUGGGGGCUCGGGGCCCCAGCCUCCCCCAGGCUUGGUGUAUCCAUGUGGCGCCUGUCGGAGUGAGGUGAAUGACGACCAGGAUGCCAUUCUGUGUGAGGCCUCCUGCCAGAAGUGGUUCCAUCGCGAGUGCACAGGCAUGACUGAGAGUGCCUAUGGGCUGCUGACCACUGAGGCCUCUGCCGUCUGGGCCUGCGAUCUCUGCCUCAAGACCAAGGAGAUUCAGUCCGUCUACAUCCGUGAGGGCAUGGGGCAGCUGGUGGCUGCCAACGAUGGGUGA